AUGUCUUCACCGUACAACGAGAAGAAAGACAUCGAGCGCGAGAGCGCGGAUCUCAAAAAGGAUCCCGCCCACCAUGUCACCGUCGUUGCCGCAGGUGUUGAUGAUGCUGUGAGGUUAACGCUUGGGCAAGGGACAGGCCAACCUCUCGACCCCGAGGCGGCGCUGAAGCUCAGAAAGAAGAUAGACAGGCAUCUCCUCCCUCUGAUGAUGAUCCGUGUUAUACUGGGUACAAUUUAUGGACAAGACACAUUAGGGAGUAGCGCUAUUCUCGGUAUUCGAGCAGAUACUCAUUUGGAUGCCAACCAUAAGACUUGGUCUACGUGUACUGGACUAUCUUCUAUAUCGCCUACCUCGUGUUCGAGUACCCUCAAAAUUGGCCUUCAACGAUUCCCUGUAGGUAAAUGGAUGGCUGCCAACAUCACAUGCUGGGGCAUUGCCCUUAUCAUGCAUGCUGCCUGCAAAAACUUUGGCGGUUUGAUGGCUUGUCGAAUCGUACUGGGUAUAUGCGAGGGCUCCAUUACGGCUGGGUUCAUGAUUGUAACGAGUAUGUUUUACACCCGUAAGGAACAAAGCAUUCGUGUGGGCUACUGGUUCUUGAUGAACGGAACAGCCCAGAUUAUCUCUGGCUUCCUUGCUUUGGGGUCUUACAUAUUAAUACCCAUGGCUACCGCUUGGUUCUUAACUACGGAAGAACGGGCUAUGGCUAUCGAGCGAAUCAAGGUCAAUCAGACGGGUGUCAAACAAAGUCUGGAAGAAAGACCAGCGCUGACCGACCCUAAAACAUGGCUAUUCGCACUUUUCUCGUGUCUCGAUAACAUUCCCAACUCGUUGACAAACCAGCGCAGUAUUAUUGUUAAUUCGUUCGGUUUCUCAACCCUACAGACCACGUUACUCGGAUGUGUAGAUGGCGUGAUUGAGAUCGUCACUAUCUGGACCGGUGUGACUCUUGCUGUGAAAUGGGAGGACAGCCGUGCUUACGUCGCGGUCCUUUACUUUAUUCCAAACGUUCUUGGAUCGAUUCUUGUCAAUGUCCUGCCAUGGUCAAAUAAGAUCGGAUUACUGUUUUCUGUUUGGAUCACUGGUGUCGGAACGACAGGAUUUGUUCUAUCAUUGGGUUGGGCCAUUAUGCUUUCUGCAUACUGCGUCGGGAACUUGGUUGGUCCUCAAAUGUGGCAAGAACGCUACAAACCUAGGCUAAGCAUAUCGCCUCUUCUGUGCACAGGAACCGUAUUCCAUGGAUUGUCAUCACUAUCAGCUACUUCCUCUGUCCCAUCAUUCUUCUCAUCAUUCGUGUCGUCUUUCACGCGAGAACAAGAACGAGAUGCCGAGCCUAAGACCGAGGAAGAGGAUGACGCAUACAUCGAGGAAACCCUCCAAGACGGGACAAAGGUUGAACGAAAAGUUGACAAGGCUUUCCUCGACCUCACCGAUAUCCAAAAUCGUGAUUUCAGAUAUGUGCUUUGA